AUGGAUUCGGUCGCCAAUGAACCGGUAGAGACUCAGAGUCUAGAUGGCGAGUCGCGAAAAUGGGGUCUGCAACCGCUUAUACGCCAUGCGGAGCGUUCUCACAGCCGGAUGCCGGGAAUUAGAAGGAUCCCACUUCGGGCAAUUGGCAUAAUCCUGUUCAUCGCGUUCCUGAAUGUGGUUGUGUGGAUUGCUGCUGCAAUCGUGCUGCACUACCAUCCGUCAUUGGUGUCUACCGCUGUUCUAGCCUUCACACUUGGCCUGAGACAUGCUUUCGAUGCAGAUCACAUAUCUGCAAUUGAUCUAAUGACCCGACGCCUACUCGCCACUGGGCAGAGACCUGUUACAGUGGGGACUUUUUUCUCGCUGGGUCAUUCGACAAUCGUUAUAAUUACGUCUAUUGUUGUGGCAGCCACGGCAGCUGCAGUGUCAUCGAAAUUUGAUAGCUUCAGCACUAUCGGCGGAAUCAUUGGCAGCUCUGUCAGUGCCGCGUUCUUGAUUCUGCUUGGCUUGAUGAAUGGGUACAUAUUGUACAAACUCAUCAAACAGAUGCAAAAGGUCUUCAGCUUGCCAGCGGGCCAUGAAGAUGAAGCAUGGAAGAUUGAGGGAGGUGGAAUCCUCUUCUCAAUUUUGAAGAAAAUGUUCAAAUUGAUUGACCGGCCCUGGAAGAUGUAUCCACUGGGAAUCCUUUUCGGACUUGGUUUUGAUACCUCGUCUGAAAUUGCGUUACUCGGUAUCUCGUCGAUUGAAGCAGCAAAGGGAACUUCCUUCUGGGUGAUUCUUAUUCUCCCGGCUCUAUUCACCGCGGGAAUGUGUUUGCUGGACACAACAGACGGAGCCCUCAUGUUCUCGCUCUACAUCCAACCCUCCGCCAACUUCCUGCCACCAAAGCCCCAUAAUAGCACGUCAGAUGCAACCUCUACCACUAGUGACGGCGAGGAACUACCGCAAUCGCACGACAACCACCGCGACCCCAUCGCAUUCCUCUAUUAUUCAAUUGUCCUAACUUCAUUGACUGUCAUCGUGGCCAUCGUAAUUGGAGUCAUUCAACUUCUCACAAUGAUUUUGAACGUGACACAUGCCAAAGGCAAGUUCUGGGAUGGUGUCCAAACAGCAGGGGACUAUUACGAUGUCAUUGGUGGGUCUAUUUGUGGCUGUUUUAUUAUAUUCGGCGGUUUCAGUGUUCUGAUCUAUAAACCAUGGCGACGAUGGAUGACUCGGCGACACGGUCGGAGUGCGGUUACUGAUGAAGAAGGGUAUCGGGACAGUGCUCCUGGUGGUGGGGAGCAGGACUGUGAGAUUUUUGAUGGUCCAAUGGAAGGAGAACGGCAAUGCCCAACUGAAUCUGUUGGUAAAGGGCGUUUGUCUCAGGUUGCAGUGAAGUCGACUGGUGAGCCGCGACUCGAGGAAGAGAUCGUCUAG